UUCAGUAAAGUUAAGUAAUUUCUGACGAAAUGUAUUGCUAAAGUGGUUUGGAACAUUUCAGAGACAAUCAGCAGUCCGAAAGGAGCAACGAUUUGCUGGCAGUUAAACCGCCUGUUUGUUUUGUUGUUCACUGCGAAGCUGCCCAUGUGACCCAUCGGAAUCCUUGACCAAAGGAGGGUGCGAGCCUGUGCGUGUAACUGAAUGUAAUUGGUAUCGAUUUUUACAAACCACUCGCUCGGUUCGGUUUGUUUGGCUAGCGCUGGGAUUUCAUCAUACUGUCAGACAUUACUAAGGCUUAAGGACACGUGUAACAAUCACGUUUCGCCCGUGCUGUUUUACGAAAUAGUGCUACGAUGGAAGUCAACAAGGACGAAGCGAAGCGUUGCAUUGAGCUGGCUACGGCCGCGCUGACCGCGGGAAAUCUGGCAAAAGCGGAAAAGCUGCUCAAAAAGUCACAAACCUUGUAUCCGCUUCCGGAGGCGGAAGUGUUGCUGAAACGCGUCAAAACGCAGUCGCAGUCCACCAACGGGACAGCGCCCGGUGCUGCCAACGGUGGCUCAUCGGCCCGCCGACGAACGGUGAAUCGGGAAGCAGCGGACAAGCCAUCGGAACCGAAACUGAACAUCGACUACACCCAGGACCAGUUGGACGUGGUGAAGCGGGUGCAAAAGUGCAAAGACUUUUAUGAGGUGCUGGGCGUUUCACAAGAAGCACCGGACUCGGAGGUAAAGAAAUGCUACAAGAAGCUGGCUCUACAGCUUCACCCGGACAAAAACAAGGCCCCCGGGGCAAUGGAAGCGUUCAAAGCGCUCGGUAAUGCGGUCGAAACGCUAACGGAUCCAGAGAAACGGAAAGCCUACGAUCUGUACCGCACGACCGACAACGGUUCCUCUUCGCCGGGCCGUAAAGGGCCGAGGGGUGGCUUUACCUAUGGCCAGAACGGGUUCACCUUCCGGCCGGACUUUGAAUCGGAGGUAAACCCGAACGACCUGUUCAACAUGUUCUUCGGUGGAGGCUUCCCGCAGCAGCAACAGCAGCAACACCACUACUUCCGCACCCGGACUGGGCGUAGCUCACAGCACGGUGACGGUUCCGGCAGUCAGCCUAGUCUGGUCUUCGGGUUGAUACUGUGCUUCAUUGUCGUAUCACUUUUGUCGACGUUGUUUGCCACCGAUCCGCUCUACGCUCUGCAGCAGACCACCAAGUACUCGGUCGGUCGCCAUACACUCAACCUUAAGAUCCCGUACUACGUAAAGCCCAAUUUCCUCAGCGACUACCAGGGAUCGCUCGGGCGGCUCGAGUAUUCGGUCGAGGAAGAGUACGUGACGUAUAUGAAGCGGGCGUGCAGCAACGAGCGAGCCUACCGUGAUGCAAUGAUUGGCCGGGCCAAGAGCCUAAUGGCCGGCCGGUCUCAGUUCCAGCAAGCGCAACAAAUGAAGAUGCCCUCGUGCGAUAUCUUGUACCGGCUAGGCAUCGGCAGGCCGAAUUAUUAGGACAGUUAGGGAGUGUUGUACCAGCACUAAAUGUGUAUGUCUUGUUACGUUCCUUUCGUUUUCGAUGUUUUCCUGGUUGAGACCAAUCACUACCAGUUGGGCAUUUGCAAUUAUAGAUUCCACUUAUUGCUGUUCGUGAGUAGUGCGAACCACUGUUUUUAUCUAAUCGAAA